AUGGAUUCAGAUUUUCGCUACAAUUACUAUAAUCUCGAUUCAAUCGACUCAGUUCAUCAUUGGUCCUCCAAUUGGGAUCAAUUACCCGGUUUAUCGUACAUACCUGUAAUCACUGAAUUGGAAGACUACUUGUUUGAUGUACUACCGGCACCAGUCAUACUAAAAUGGUUGCACCGAAAUUUUUUCAUCACAUUCUACAUAUCAAUCGGCUAUCUCUUAACAAUUUUACUGUUAAGCUAUUGGAUGUCUUACUGUGAAAAGUCAUAUAAAUUGAGAUCAUUGUUAAUCCUAUGGAAUAUAUUGAAUGCAAUUUUUUCAAUUAUUGCCACAAUCAGAAUGGUUCCCAAUUUUGUCUAUCAAUACAAACAUAAAGGACUGGUCGCCACUUAUUGUCAAUCAGACUACUAUCGGGACUAUCGUCUAGUCCUUUGGUACAGUUUGUUUUGUUUGUCAAAGAUCCCGGAGCUAUUGGAUACCGUGUUUAUUAUAUUGCGUCGGAGCAAACUAAUUAAACUGCACUGGAUACAUCAUUCACUUACCUUACUAUACGCUUACUAUUUAUUUAUGGAUAUACCGGGUACUGCCCAGUGGUCAUUUGGAUUAAAUGUAAUCGUCCACUCAGUUAUGUAUACCUAUUAUGCAUUGAUGAUUAUGAAACUUCCUCUACCUAGACAAGUGAGCAUGCUAAUUACAACAAUGCAAAUUAUACAAAUGAUACUGGGUCUUAUAAUAAAUAUGCACGUAUUAUGGCGCAAACUAAACCAAUCACAAUGCGAUUGUAGUAUUCAACGUGUAUUGGUAUCGCUAUUCAUCUAUACAUUAUUUUUAGCAUUAUUUUUGAAUUACUUUUACAAAACGUACAUUGUUAAAAAACGUAAAGUAAAUUGA